CUUUUUCAGUUUUUCUCUUCGCAGCGUACGUAUAUUAUUAUUAAGCGCUCUUGUCGGCUAAUAUUUUCCAUGAUCAAAUCAACGGCUUAUCGAUUCAAUCGAUUCGCCCGAUUUAAACCGCCUUGUACACUUCCACUGACGAGAAUGAAAUUAAUUAAUUAGCGUGCUUGUAAAAAAAAAAGGAGAGAGAUAGAGAGGAAAAUAGCUUCGCUGCUAUGACGCUGAAAGCGUGACGACGCCCGAAAGUAGUGACGGAAAAGCACGAAAAAGCACGAAAACUGACAUAGAUUUUUGUUUGUCUAUUUGAACUUUCUUCGUUUCAUUUCUUUGACAAGUUCCUGAUAGAUAUCACGAGUCUAUUCUCCGAGCUCUCAUUCUUCCAACUUCUGAAAAAAAUAGCUACUCGCGAGACAAUAUGAAGUAAUUCUCAGAAAACUGCGACGUGCAUUUCAGCGGAGGAAUGUUUCCGCUUCGCAUUCGUGCGCGUAAAUUUAAUUCUACACCCUUCAACAGAAUUUUAGUGGCCGAAAACCAACUGGUGUGUCGGUCUUGGCGGUCUUUCCCUCUGCGCGCUCGUCGCGGCGCAUUUUCGCCCGCCGCGCCUCGUCUUUUUCGCGCGCUCCUCCGAUGUGGAAAGCCGCGAAAUUGUUUAUUCCGUUGUCCUGCGACUCGCGCCCGCGUGUUUUUCGCCGAGAGUGUCGGAAUAAUGGACGAUAUUUCCGGGGAACUUUGCCACCCUGCUGUCUCUCUCUCUCCUUUUCUCUUGCCCUUGGCCGAACGUGCGAGAACAACGCGGAGGAAGCCCCUCCGCGGCGCGAAUUAAUGCGCUCCUCUGAACCGGAAGUGGAUAACAAAUCUGCUAAAACCUGGCGCACCGGCUGCUCGCACCACGUCGCUACGUUGACUCCACCGACAUUCAGCACCGGACAGAAAAUCGGAUCCGUCGUUGACGGACGUUAAAAGAAACAAGAAGAUGCGUGGAUAGUAGCGACUCGUGCGGACCGGACACGCGAGGCACUUGUGAAAAUUCCGUGUACAUUUCAUUUUACUUGCGCAUCUCCCUUGCAUAAUAAACAAGUAGAAUCCACAUACGCAGUAUUUGCUUGUUACGUGUGUAAACAUAAUUUCAGUUUUACGCGACAUUUGCACGCGGCGCGUUUGCAGAUUGCGUGCGAAUUGCGACGCAAAAAUGCUCCCAACUUGGAAGAGGCAAUACAGUGCUGUUCUCGUUAGGCUAGAAAUUCAGCCGGUGAAAAGAUAAUGGAGAGAGAGAUCCGUGGCCUCGCAUUUACUUCUCUCUUUCUAGUCCCGUCAGCACCGAGAGAUCAAAGAAAUUUCGCCGCGCACUCCGCCCGGUAAAUAUCGACGGUUGAUACCCGCGCGUUUUCGCGCGCCGAAGGACGUAAUGAGCAGCGUUGUCGGCUGACGAACGAUUGAUAUACGGCGGGGAAUAUACGAUAAUGAGCGGGCGCGGCCAAGUUCCGAAGAAAUAAAUGCGCCGGGCGAAUAAUCGAAAUUCGCGAUAAACGCCGCGGCCUCGUUUACAUGCGAAAUUCAACGGUGUUCAUUAAUUUAAGCGAUUAAAUUGUGACAGCAUCAGUCAGAAUUCAUUUUCCUUGAUUACUACGGGGGGAAGGGGGGAGGGAGUGAUACGCGCGUUUCGGCGAAUCGAUACCGAUAAUUCGCGUUUUCGCGUCGCGCGCACGUCGCGCAUCGGAAAAUUCAUCGGACGCGUCGAAUUUCCGCGGCGAGUCAGCGAGAGGGGAAUCGCGUGCUUUUCUGGGACACUGUCCCGUCAAACGCGAAAAAAAGAGCAUAAAAAUGAAGUGAUAAUUGAAGCUGACAAGCUGGACAAAAAGCUGAAAAUAUAAUAACGGCGACGAGGUGACAACGCAGUCGAGGGUAAACGCACGACGUAGGGAACAAUCGACUGAAAAUGGCCAAGAACGCUGAGAGAUUGCCCGGCACUUCCACCAGACUUAGGACCAGGGACGACGGCUGCUGCUCCGUGAAUUUCUUGAAAUACGUCCUUCACAUUUACAACGUGGUGUUGUUUCUGUCUGGCCUGGUGGUGGGUGGAAUUGGUAUCUGGACGGUAGUGUCGAAGCACAGCUACGUGUCCCUGAUGUCCACCUCGACGUAUCCCACUUUGGCUUACGCCCUGAUCGUCGCAGGUGUACUGGCCGUCAUCGGUAGCUGGCUCGGAUGCGGCGGCGUAACCUCGGAAAAUCGAUGUGUCCUUCUCAUAUACGUCUUCGUGGUGAUGGCGGUGCUGGUCCUGGAGGCCGGAGUCGGUGCUUUGGCGCGCCUCUAUGAGGAACAGGUCGGUCCUGAAUUGAAGAUGAAUCUAAACCGCACCUUCCUCGAGAACUAUGCCGUGCGGUUCAGGGAGACCACAGCGAUUGACCAAAUGCAGAAAGAAUUCAAAUGCUGCGGCGCCUUGAGAUUCGAGGACUGGCUCGUGAGCGAGUGGCACAAAGACGAGGGGGUCCUUAAGAACGGCAGUGUCGUACCUGACAGCUGCUGCAAGACGCCGACGUUACUCUGCGGGAAAAGGGAUCAUCCCUCCAAUAUUCAAUACACGGGCUGCAUAUACAAGUUCCUGGAGACGACGAAGGACCACCUGAUCAUUCUGGGCGCCGUUGGCCUCGGUCUGUCCGUCCUCGAGCUCUUCGGCAUCGUUCUCGGCUCCUGCCUCUACAUUAAGCUCAGGCACGACUUCGACGACUGAGAAUUGCUUCAAUGCCGCGAGGGCAACAACAACGGCCAGUCGUGGUGCAGGUACAUGCAGAACAACUCGGGGACCGUUUGAUCGUCGGAGUAGAGGCGGGAGGACGCGCAAUCGCAGCCGCAGGACCAUUCGGAUAAAAGGGAUCCACCUGUAGCUGCGGACUCUCUUUUGCGACUCCCGCCUCCUCCUCCUUCUUCUCGUCCUUCUCCUUCUCGUACUUCCGGAGGAGUAUCGAAGAGCGGAAACGUUGUUGCUAGCGAAGAGGAAACGCCGCUGUUUUCGCCGGCUCUGUCUGCCUCUCCUCCCGCGCUCGAGACGAAUAGCCGAGGGAAGCAGCGAAGGAUCGAGGACGAAGGAACGUAAAAAUCGAUUCGGAUAUCCAUAGAUCGCGAAACGAAGGACCGAAUGCGCUCCUGCGUGCGCCGAACGCUUGUGCAUCGGCGCGGUUCGAGAUUCGCGCAUCGACCUCGAUAUGGCAUCGAUACCUUCGAGGACGGUGUUAUUACGAGAUAUAUAUGUGCACCCAGAUGGCAGACGGUGGAUCCUCUUAAAGCAAUCUUGAAGUUUCCUCCUUUCCUGAGUUGGAACUUUUAUUACCAAUAUGUACGUAACGCUCAAGUAAUGGCUAGUUAAUGAUUAAAUUGGAAAUAUUAAUAUUGAUGUAGCGUUACUACUUGGUGUUUACUGGACGGUCUUCUUCCACACGAGUAAAACAAUUAAACAAAUUCUUCGAACACGUUUAGUUUUCACUUUCGCAAGAAAGGAAAGAGUCCCAAAUUAAUUAAGGGCCGUACAGAAUUGACAAGGGAAUCACACUCCGAAUCUCGAAGUUGCGAUGAACUUUUGGAGAAUGCUUCAAGAAUUCCUCAGAUAUUCGCUUCUCCAAUUCUUCGGGUAUCCUUCGAAGCGAAUCCUUCACCUGAACUUCCGCUCACCUGAGCUAUCCGGGUGCAUAUACGCGACGAAAACGGAAAAUCUUUGAAAUGUGUCUUACGACGUCGAUCACGGCUAAGCCGUAAAUCGCUUAUAAUUCUCGCUGUCGAGAUGGCGUUCGACUAUUUCCCCCCUCGGACGAGCGAAUUCGCGAUCCUUUCCGUCACACAAUCCCCGUCGUCAAUCGUGACGUNGUUAAGCCCCCCCCCCCCCCAAUCUUCACCGCCGAACGUAAUAAUCUAACAAACUCUCGGAGUAAUCUCGCACCGCGCGAAAGCGCCGAAAACUCCACCCGAUACUGCCAUUACGAAUUUGCACAUUUUUAAUCGCUAUGUACGAAGUACCGAUACCAGUGAACAAAGAACCAUGACGAGAGAGAAAGGGAGAGGGAAUUUGUUGUCGCGUGACUUCUCCUAAUGUAACGAAACGUAGAUCUGACCGAUCGAGCGGCGUCGAUUUUCUCGGAUUUCGCCGGCGGAUCGCGCGCCAUCGAGUUUAGUUGAGAACCUGCCAUCAGCGAUGUGAGAUAAAAGAAAUGAAGCGGAUAAACUCGAUGACGGAUUGGCGAUUCGAAGGCGUACCGAAGGCGGACGUCUAAAAAGUCGACUCUGACCUCGGAGAACUGUUAACAGUGCCUUGAUGAUAUUGUUAAGCCCAGAGAUAUUUUAGAGUACGCGGAGGACAAACGGAAAAAAGGAAGGGGAAAAAACGGAAAAAAAAAAA